GGGAGCGCGCGCAGAGUGAGAGCGGCCGCGGCGCGCAGAACAGAAACAGCCACAAUUAAUUAGAAAGCGGAGCCGAGCUUCUCGUGCGGGAGUCACCGUGCGUGAGGAUCCGGUUCCUGCGGUUUCUGCGGCUCCGUUUGGCCAAAGAGAAAAAGAGAAGCGACCUGGAGCUCGGAGAGGAACUAUCUGGACCUUCUCGAGUGUUUCCUGGGAGACAGGAGCUCUGGAUGGAAACUUGAGAGCCUGGUUCCUCUUCUCCAUCAGGUGGAGAAGUUCCGCAGGAGCUCGGCUCAGAUGUGUGUGGAUGUAAAACGCUGCGGUCACAGCUCCACGCCUGGUUCCACCUCCCUCAGCUGAAACUCGACCCGCUGCUCACCUCGCCUCGGCCCGCACACCGAGGGGGGGUGGGGGGCCCCCGAGCUGCAGAGGAGCCGCGGGAGACGCCAUGGGACGAUACUGAUGUGAUGGGCUGUUGAUGGAGAGGAUUUCGAAUGUCAGCCGGGACAGUGGUCAUCGCAGGAGGAAUUCUGGCUACAGUCAUCUUACUGACCAUCGUCGCUGUACUGUGUUUAUGUAGGUUACAGUAUUACUGCUGUAAGAGGGAGGAGUCUGAGAAGGGGGAAGAGGAGGAACCGGAGCUCUGCAGCAUGUCGCCGUGCCGCCCCCUGGCUCUGUCAGCUCCUCCUACACCUCCGACGCCGGAGCACUACAGCGACGAGCACGAGACUUACCCCCCCACCUUCCUCACCGAGCCCAACGGGCCGCUCGGCUACUCCCCGACCCCUCCGCCACGCAGGUGCCAGCGCUCGCAUGCCUUCUGCCCGUCCUGCGCCCGCUGCUCACUGCCUUUCUACCUGCAGCACCCGGAGAGGCUGUGCAACGGCGGGCGCAGGGUCAGCUACAGGACUGUGCAGCAGCAGGACCUGGAACUGCCCAUGGAUCUGGCCAGUUUCUACCAGAAGCUCAACCUCAUCCGCUCCGUCACCAUGAGGGAGGUGGUCACCCACAGCGUCAGCACCGACGUGUAGAGCAGCGCCGCCCUGCUGGCCUGCGGACAAACGAACUUCGUCAGUUGUAUCGUGCUGUGGCUGCAGCACCGACACUGAACUGAGGGCUUUUCCGUGGCAGCCAUGUUGGAGGUCCACGCCUCUGAUAUAAACCCGAACACAAAACGUUUCUGACAAACUUGAAUGGACUGAUUUUUGUCAGUUUUGAGCAUCAUUCUGUGUUUUAGCUUUAGUCAAGUAAAUAACCAAUAUGUGUGUUUGUGAAAAUAUAAACCAGAAAAUUAACAAUUUGAGCUUUUGUCAGUGAAGUUAACACAGAUUGUCUUUGUUUUGUUGUUUGAAUGCAUCACACGGGGGGGGGAAGUCGAUCCAGUGCAAACAGGACGUUUCGUAAAGAGUUUGUGUUUAAUGCAAACACAAGAGAUCCUGUGGCCAAGCGGCCCGAGGAACCAUGAGAAUCGCAAAGUGAAAGUUGCUUCCCUUUUGGUGUGAACACACGUCAGAAAACGUUUUGGGGUUUUCAUGGGAUUUGUAAGAAAAGUUUAGAAUAACUUAUCCUUUAAUCUUCAAAGAGUUUUUGAGGAAGAAGAAAAAAAGCUAAAGUUUUGUCUUUAUAGUUUAUCGUCUUUCACCAACAGUCACAAGAAGCUAUUUCAGUUUUCCACUGUUAAUAUUAUUUGUAACAAAAACAUAAUUUCCAGUAGACGAGUGUGACUGUUCCAUCUGAUUCUACAGUUUAACGUUCUGUACGUUGGUUCUGCUGCGGUGACUUAACGUUACUACACAACCUCACUGUGGUUCAAUGGAAACGACACGAGACGUGUUUACAUGGACACCAAUAUUCUGACUUACCAGGUUAAGACAAUAGUCUGAAUAAGAAUAAACAACAAGAUCUGAUCAACUAAACCUGAAUAAGGUCAUAACUCAGAAUGAACAACAAUCUAAUAAAGAAAUGUGUAUGAUGUUGUUCUCAUUAUAACGUCCUGUUGGAGUUUUCACCGGAUUGUGCGACAACAACUAACGACAUUUACCAACUGCUUGACGACACGUGUGUUGAGUCCAGAAUCAGACGAUGCUCCACGUGAACAGGGAGAUUCUAUUAGCAGCUCAUUCAGAAUAAAGUCCAAAGUCCGAUUAUUGGUGUCCAUGUAAACGUGCAGAAAAGAUGUGAUGGAGUUUGUGUAGCAGCGACUGUAAAGUGUCUAUUAACACUUACAUUUCACAUUUAUUCACUCAACACAACAUUUUUACAGUUCAUAUAAACAAUGAAAAUAAUUACACAGGACUCACAGUGGAUCUUCUGUAAAGAGUAAUGUGCACAUAUGGACUGAUAAAUAGAUUAUAUAUCAAAAAUAGAAUAAACAAAAUACACAAACCUAAUUUAAGUCAAACAGAACAAAAGAAAAGAAGUUUCCUGUUACAAAGAGAAAAUGAUUGAAUUCCUAUGUUCAUGAUCUGAUUGAUUCUGGAGCCUCAGAGGCUCAGUGAAGCUGCUCAGGUGUUUUCACUUGUUCUGCCUGACGACGUUUCUCAUCAGGUGUGUGUGUGUGUGUGUGUGUGUGUGUGUGUGUGUGUGUGUGUGUGUGUGUGUGUGUGUGUUUUGUGUGUGUGUGUGUGAGAGUUAAAUAUCUGCCUGUCAGUGUGGACGAGACCUGAGUGAAGCUGAAAUCAGCCGAACUGAGUGAAAACACCUGUGAAGGAGAUAAAAACCUGUGGAAGCUUCUCAGUCGGUUUGCUUCAGAUCAUCAGUUUCUGAGUCUUUGAGAAUCCCGUGGAAUCGUUUUGUUUUACUGAGAUCAAUAAUCAUGACCACGUUAAUAUCUUCUGUGAACAAGUUGCUAGUUUGAAGCCACAAAGAAGCAGUUUGAUUGUUUUCUUUUUUGGCAAAUGUUGAAGUUAUCUUGACUUGUUCUGAAUUUCAGGAGCAUUUUUGCUCCUUUUGUUAAAUGUUGAGUGACAAAAUAAGGAGGAUGAAAUGAAGGAGGUGAUAAAAUGUUGAGAAAUCAAACCUUGUGUUUAAAAUACUGAGUUGAAGUUAGAAACUUUGGUCUUUUAAAGAGUUUUAAGUUGUUUUCCUGUCUUAAGAAUUAAAUAAUUGAUAAAGAUCUGACAUUAAAAUUAUAAAUAAUCAUCUGAUAAUCAUCUGAUAAUCAUCUUUGUCAGAAAAAUUGACGUUUUUAAUACAAGAAGCAACUUGUGGUAUAAAGUCUGGUUUGAUUAUGAUGUUUGAGUAAAAAACGUAUAAAAGCUAAAGAUCCCUCGCACACAGAUCCUCUGGUCGACCCACGUUUGUGUUCACUUGUGUAGAUUUGUCAGAUCGUGAUUUGUGCGUUUGGAGUUCUCUGACCUGAGUCGGUGAAGCAGCUGAGUUCAGGCUCGUCUGCAGAGACAGGAAACAGUUCAAAGGGCUUUUAAAGCAACGGUCUAACGUCUCCUGAACGAUGACGCUCUGUCCGGGUCAGAGGUCAGAGGUCAGAGGUCAUCACUCCAACGUGAGAUCUCAAGCAUUUAAGAAAAACCUGACGUGCAAAAAUAACUGAUCGUUUCUGAAACUGUUUUUGGAAUAAAACUUAAAAUGACGCAGUAACUUGAACAUUUCGGAUAAAACAAUUUGCUGCUAUAAAACAUGAGUUGUUUCUUCUGGUCGGCCAUCUUUUUCCUGUCAUGUGAUAUUUGUGAUUUGAGUGUCUUUUGAAUCAAAGUGUGUGAAGCGUCGGGUCGGUCGUCAUGACGAUCUAAAGGAUGAACGAGCGCACAACACAAUGAUUGUGUCUCUUUCACUUUGUCAAGUUUGUAAACUAGCGUCCGGACGCAGAGCUGCGUCAUGUGACUGCAUCUCAUUAACAUACAGAAUAAAAGCAGUUCUGCAUCAGUGUGAAA